AUGACUUCUUCACCAACUACUGCUGCUUCAAAUUUGGACGAUAUCACUGCAUCGCUUUUCUAUCAAUUACGCGAUAAAAACCGUGUUUACGAUUUCGACAUACUUCAAUGCCCUAAAUGUCCGGAACGGUUGGAAGCCCUUGAACUUGAUGUCUAUCAAGAAAAUGGUCAAACAUAUCAAAGAAUAUGGUGGACUUGUCGAGGCAUAAAAAACCAAAAUUUCAAAAUAUCAUUAUUUAUUAGCAAUGUACAUUACACGUUUAAAGCAUUAGCCAUCAGUUCAAAUCUCAAUGGGGAUGGUAGCUGCCAUUUUCCAUUAUGGAUACCAAAGGAAGUUUUUUGGACAAGGAGAACGGAGGAACAGAUGAGAACAGGCUAUAUACCUUUGCCAAAUAUUCAUUUAUUACCACAACGUUUAUGGUAUCUUUACCCAAAUGUUUUCCGAGAUAAAUUGAAUCGAGGAAACAUCAAUAAUACCAAGAAGAAUAAAUCUGGUACAGUCACGCCGUCUUCGGGUCAUGCAACACGAGGCAGUUCAGUGAGACCUGAAAGCGCACUUACGGAGAAUGAGGAAUGUAGUCGGGAUUCAUUUCUCAGUACACCUCUCCUUUCAGAGGGGACAAAUCCUUAUGUUCCAACUGAAACGGAAAUUUGGGAGUCUGAAGUUCCGAUUCGACAGAUUCGAAUUGAUGAAGAAGAUAUAGAAGAAAACUUCGAAUUGAUCAAGGAAACCCAUAUGCAACCUGUAAAUAGUCAGUCUAAUGCUUCAGAUCAAAAAGAUUACGAGUGGGAAUGUUCAGGUAAUAUGGAAGCAAAAGACAUGGUGUAUGACUCGAAAUCGUGGGAAGUGGACUUGGUUCCAGAAUGUGUCGUUACUUCAGACUUUCCUCUGGAUUCAUUUACAGAUUCUUUCGUUCAAUUUUGUUCACAAACACAUUCGCCAGCUCAAGAGCAACAAGAACAGUUCGGGGGAGUAAAUUCGCAAGACAUACAUUCAGAAAAUGAAGAUGUUGUUCUGGAAGUUUUACGAUCAACACCUCAAAAUAACAUCUUGCAUACCGAUCAAGAUUUAAAGGAAGCUGAAUGCAUUUCUAAAAUAUCAACAAAAACUAUAAGAAAGCGGAAGAAAAAUGCUGCUUUCGAAGAUGAGUUGGAUGAAACAACUUGUGGUAACUCUGUAUCGAGAAGUAGUAGUUCUUUAGAUCGGAUUUCGCUCGUGGUGCCAUCCGUGAACAGGAGAAGGCCAGAAUCUGUGAAUAUUGUUCAAAUACGGGAAGUUUUCCAAAAACAAAAACAAAAACGAUCAAACUCAGAAGUUGUUGACGAUGACCGCGUAGUUGCUUCUUUGAUAAAGGAAUUAGUAGUUAGAGUGGCUUUGGAACAUGAUUUCAUCAAGAAUGAAAAAACGUCUUCAUCACUGUGCACAGGACAGGCAGAGCAUCAUUUAUUGAAGAUAAUUUCUGUAGAAGAAGCGAAAAGAGAUUUCGGUGAUUUAACACUUGAAGAAUUGUUGAAAGGUGUCAAUAAUCUAAGGUCAUCCGCUGCAGUCCAGAAUUAUUUACGAAAAUGGCCUAAGAUGGAAAUAGAUAUCGAGGAACGACAAUCAAUAACAGAUCGACUAAAACCAAGUGUUGGCAGACAUACAACUUAUUUUGAAAACAGUGACUCAGAAACAUCUACUAAAAUCUCGACAAAAGUGAUUACAAAUUUGGGGAUGAGAUCAUCCCUUCGGAAACGACGAUAUAAUAGUGCAGAUCGGCCUACCUUGCCGAGGAAUUUGCCGGCAGAUCAAAAAUGCAUUGCUGCUGUUGAGGUGGCUCUAAAACAGUCCAUGAAAGGUAUUAAAGGCCCAGAGGAGACGAGUCCAGCUCCUCGAACAUCCAUUUUGAAAGGUUCUCCUUCAAAGUUUCAUCCUGAUAUGAUCUCAAAUGAAAUAUUCGAUUCACUGAACUGGCGUCGGCCAGUGCAUUUUGGUGGUCGUACAAAUUUAGACGCUUUUGUAACGGCAUAUAAUUUACGAUACAAUCGUGCGGAGUACUUGGAUGCUCUUGGUUCCGAGUUAUGCAAGCGUAAAAUUAUGAAAUUUGUGCCAUCAAUACCAGUGAAACAACAGCGUCUCGUGCGACGUAUGCAACAGAGGCGGUCUGGUCAGGAAGAUACGCUAGACUUGGAGACGCUCAAGAAAGCUGUUGAUCCGGAUGCAUUGCGUGUUCAGAUUGCCCACCGUCUUGGCAUCAAAGACUUUGACAGCAUAUUAUCAUGCUCUGAAGUGGUAGGAAAUCAGGAUGAUGGAGUAAACAGUAAGAUGCAACAUAUCGCAUCUACUCCACUUACUAUGUCACCAGGAGUUUGCGAACCUUUUUCCAUGGAAUAUAUUCAUUCAAGCAAAAACGGUAGACGUGAGCAAGCAUCAAUGUCAAAUGUUUCGGAAAGUUUAUUUCCUGUAUCUGAAUAUGGAAGUAAAAUAAAAGCCGAUAAAGAACGUGAACUGAAAGCGCCACUUAUUCUAUCAUUUAACGAUCCAGAAGUUGAUGCACUUGUACAUAGAAAAUUUAAAAGUUAUGUACACGAAGAAAACCCGUCUGAUGCUCUUACUCUUCAGCAAUCUUCAGUUCAGCAGUCACACACAUCUGAAGUGCCUGAACAUUUGGAAGCAUCCACAUCACGCAUCGAAUACAUAGAUUUUGAGAGUGCUUUUGAGGAGUACGAAAAUGAUGAAGUGCAACAGUUGGAUGCAUUUUUUGACACCCACUUCAGUAAUUAUUUGACGAGAAUGGCUGGUGUUAGUACUGUUGAUAUUUCCCAAAUUAUUUCAACUACUGAGAAGAGUUGUUCAUCGGUCUUCAACUCAGAGCUGCUGGUAGACAGGAAGGGAGAAGUGAAAUGGAGUGAGUGCCGCGAUUUGGUGGAAGUUUCAGGUGGACCGGAAUGGAAAUUACGAUAUAUGGCUGAAGCUUUUCCACAGUAUUGUUGGAAAUAUGCUGAACCGCAGGUCAUUGCUCACUACCAUUACAAUGUUGCUGCAACUGCUAUUGCACCUGCAAGACAAUCGUCCGCUACACUUCCUGUUUUUUACGCACAUUUACCGAAUUCAUUUUCACCCUAUGAUUUCAGCAUUCAAGCUGCAUACAGUGCUGAGAAUGAAUUUAUGAUUUCAAGUGAUCAGGCAUGA